GACGAUUAGAUCCGGACCUUUAUAUGCAGAUUUAUUUAUUUAAUUCUCAUUUCAGCGCGCCUGUGUGGAUGUGCAGGCUGUCGGAGCGAGAGGAGUGAAUUCCGCGAAAGACCUUAAAACGCUCAACAAGUGUUUUUUUGUUGUUGUUUUUCUUCUUUUUGUAAAUAAUUGUGCUGGAUACUCUUGAUUCUGCGGAGUUGUGAGGACAAAGCCGCUUCCCUUUUCUGCGUGCUGGAGGCACGUAUCUGUUCUCGGAGGAGGACGCCGCCUGUUUUCUGGACAGAAUGUCAUUGAAAGUCGUGUGAAGUGUGGAUGGAAACUGAAGCUGCUUCUGAAAGCCUGAAAUAACGCGAACCAAGUUAACAGUCUCUGCUUCCUCUUUCUGUGAGCGCUUCAGUCACGGGUGGACUUUCUUUCUUUUUCUUUUUUCCGGUGUUCCUUCCGUCAUCAUUUCUCCUAGGUACUGACAAUGACUGCGUGUCGUGUUUUCCGAGAAAGCAUGGGCUGAGAUUUUUAGGGGGUUGAUUUGACUUGUGUGCGCCCUCCGUGCCUCAUUUUUGGGGUGUGUGCGUGUUUGUGGACGCCGUGUCAGGAUGGAUCGGUGCGCGUCGGAGUGUGAGCGUCUGUUUUGGUCGAUACUUUAUGUGCAAUAACACUUCCUCUGCUGUGACCGAAGGAGCGAGUGUCCUUGUCAUUCAUCCUCGGAUGGAUGCUCCGACCCAAACAUCCCUUACGUAAUGACAUGUGUGUUGGAGGUGAAAAGAGGCAUUACUGGAUGAGUGGUGUGGAGAAAUAGGCGACGCCGACGGUCAAUGAGCGACCAGGGCUCUUAUCUACAGCAGACCGGAAAGCCGGUGCCAAUAUGACCGGCGCUGGAGCACUGAGGGCGGCUCUGGAGAGGAGAGGGAGGGCCGCGGGCGGAGAGCAACCUUUCAAGGACGAGGAAGGAGGAAUGAUGGAGAAACAUCUGUGAGGACAAACGAGACUCUUGAAGUGAGGGUGAAAAUGAGGCUGCUGGCGCGACAGUGGGAAGAGUAAAGAAUUUAAUCAUUUGCGUGGGGCCAUUUCCAAGGGCACGGAGGUAAGGAUGGCCACAUUACCGGAGAGAGGGCGGGGGUGCGAGGAAGCAGCUCCAGGAGAAUGAACACAGACUCAGGUUACUUUCCCCCCCAUCAUCUUUUGUUUUAAUAAAAGCGACAGAGACAUCUUUACCUAUGUAGGAUAAUCUGAACAGGUGAUCACAGCCUACAGGUUAUAGCACCAUUCUCCCUGAGUGGGGAUGGAUGGAGUGGCGGGAGGUGUGGGCACUCCUGGCAGCGCUGGCAGCUCUGGGGGUGACACCCUGCCCAGGCGGACUGAUGGAGAAGCAAAGCGGCGCAGUAAAGGCAGCCUGCCCUCCCCAGGCUACCGUCUGUCCCAGGCCUCUCUGGAGGGAGAGAAGGGCUCCUUCAGUGCAGACAGCUCCUCCAUGGGUGGACGAGGCCGCCGCCCCUCCAUCAUGAGCUCCUCCCCCAGGGACAGCCUCCCCUUUCGGGCGGCAGGCACCCCAACCACCCCGGGGACCCUACCCAUUGCACUGCCACCUCCAGCAGCAUCCUCCUCCUCUGGCUCUACCCAUCCUCCUCCUGCUCCACGCUCUGUGGGCUUCGCAGCAUCCCGUGCCGCCCUGGCCUCCACCUCCUCCACCGGAACCGGGGUCAUGGUGGUGGCCACUGGUGCAGAGACGACCACCACAGCCUGCAACACCACCGCGGCGGGGACACCCGACAUGGCAUGCCAGUCUGGGCUGGGAGGGUUCGGUAUGGGUCUGGACGGAGAGGACUACAGCAACUCCAACCAGAGCACCUUCAUCCAAAGACAGUUUGGUGCCAUGCUUCAGCCUGGAGUCAACAAGUUCAGUCUUCGUAUGUUCGGGUCCCACAAAGCUGUUGCCAUGGAGCAAGAGAGACUAAAAUCAGCAGGAGCCUGGAUCAUCCACCCCUACAGUGACUUCAGAUUUUAUUGGGACCUGCUGAUGUUACUGCUGAUGAUGGGGAACCUGAUCAUCCUGCCGGUGGGCAUCACGUUCUUUCGGGACGAGAACACCCCUUCAUGGAUAAUCUUCAACGUGGUUUCUGACACUCUCUUCAUGGUUGACCUGGUUCUGAACUUCAGGACCGGCAUCAUGAAGGAAGACAGCACCGAGAUCCUCCUUGACCCAAGGGCAAUCCGCCAGAAGUACCUGAAGACCUGGUUCCUCGUGGACUUCGUGUCGUCCAUCCCUGUGGACUACAUCUUCCUGAUGGUGGACAGUCUGGACUCGGAGGUCUACAGGACGGCCCGGGCGCUGCGGAUAGUCCGCUUCACCAAAAUCCUCAGCCUGCUCCGUCUGCUGCGUCUGUCCAGGCUCAUCCGCUACAUCCACCAGUGGGAGGAGAUCUUCCACAUGACCUAUGACCUUGCUAGUGCUAUGGUGAGGAUUGUAAACCUGAUUGGUAUGAUGCUGCUUUUGUGCCACUGGGACGGCUGUCUCCAGUUUCUGGUCCCCAUGCUGCAGGAUUUCCCUUCUGACUGCUGGGUUUCCAAGAACCUGAUGGUGAACGACACAUGGGGUGUGCAGUACUCCUACGCUCUGUUCAAAGCCAUGAGCCACAUGUUGUGUAUCGGGUAUGGCGCCCAGGCUCCCGAGGGGAUGACUGAUGUGUGGCUCACCAUGCUCAGUAUGAUCGUCGGCGCCACCUGCUACGCCAUGUUUAUCGGCCACGCCACCGCCCUCAUACAGUCGCUGGACUCGUCUCGGCGACAGUAUCAGGAGAAGUACAAGCAGGUGGAGCAGUACAUGUCCUUCCACAAGCUUCCUGCCGAUCUGCGGCAAAAGAUCCACGAGUAUUACGAGCAUCGCUUCCAGGGUAAAAUGUUCGAUGAGGAGAACAUUCUGGGAGAGCUCAGUGAGCCACUGAAGGAGGAGAUUGUCAGCUUUAACUGCAGGAGCCUGGUGGCAAACAUGCCGCUGUUUGCCAACGCUGAUCCCAACUUUGUGACCGCAGUGUUGACCAAGCUCCGAUUUGAGGUGUUUCAGCCAGCUGACUUCAUCAUUCGUGAAGGAACCGUUGGUCGUAAGAUGUACUUCAUUCAGCAUGGACGGGUCGGCGUACUGACCAGAGGCAACAAGGAGACCAAACUGAGUGAUGGGUCCUACUUUGGGGAGAUCUGCUUGCUAACUCGUGGACGAAGAACAGCCAGCGUGCGCGCAGACACAUACUGCCGUUUGUACUCUCUCAGUGUGGACAGCUUUAACGAGGUUCUGGAGGAGCACCCAAUGAUGCGGCGAGCCUUUGAAACGGUUGCUGUUGACCGUUUGGACCGCAUUGGUAGGAAGAACUCUAUUCUCCUGCGAAAGUCAUCCCAGGGUGGUUCUCUCGGUGGGAGUAUGGGUCGUGGUGGAGGCCGCGGCGGAGGCGGUCCUGGUGCUGGCCUUGCAGCGAGUGGUCUGGGCUCCUGCGACAGCAUGCUGGUGCAGCAGAUUGUCAAGCAUGACAGCAUGCCAGCGAUGCAGGACACCAUCGCAGCCGCUGCCGCAGGAAGGAGCGGGAUAAUUGGAGGAAGUGGCACGGUGUCCCCUCGUCCCCGCCCUGUCAUCUGGGCACCACUUGUCCAUGCUCCCCUGCAGACGGCUGCUGCGACGAGUAAUGUAGCCAUCACUCUUAUGCACCAGCAGCAACAGCAGCAGCUCCAGCAGCUGCAGCAGCACGCUCUCGGAGCCGGUUUCUUCUUGCCGUCUCCUAUGAUUUCUCCUUCACCCUCAUCCACUUUUCCUCUUUCUCCUCCCCGCGCUCCUGUGCUGCAGCCCCUUCGCCCUUCAGUGAGCUCUCUUAUUGGGAUGAUGGCAAUGGGAGGAAUGAGUGGUUUGUCCCCAAGAGGAUUUCCACUGUCACCCUCCACUAUGGGCCCUCCAGGUGGGGUAACAUCACCUCCAAUUGCUAAAACACCACCCACUUCAGCUUCUUCUGGACCAACUUCUGUCCAGCAAGGGCGGACUGUUAUCUAUGGUCCCCGUUUUCAGGCUGAUCACCCCUCAAUGACAGCUGGAGCACUUGUAACACCACCAGCAGGAGGGCCAGGCUCACCACUACACAAGGUACCACCCACCAACCCACCCGCAUCCUCCAGUGGCUCAUCAGAUGGAAUCAGCUGUCAGCAGGGUGCCAAAGAGGCUCUUCUACGUCAUGGGGUGAACAGUUGUCAGGGUCUGCCAGCACUGGGGAGGCUAACCCAAGAGGCCAGGCUCCUGUCAGCCUCGCAGCCCACUCUUCCUCACCGCUCCUGGGCCGCUGUGCAGCCUCAUCCUCCUCUCCAUCGGAAGGCCUCUGGUGGGAAUUUGUUGGCGGCUCCUUUCCUGGCAGGACAGUUGGCAAGAGGUGGCAGUGCAGGCAUGUUGACCAAUAACCCUACACUACAGCUGGUGACAAACAUACCAUUGAAUGCACAAGUACAGGCCACAGGUCCUAUUCAGCUGGCUAUGCCAAUCCCUGCAAACACAGCCUCUGUGCCCACAGCUGCACACAUCCCCUCUACACCUUUCUUGCCAUCUUCUUCCCCUCCAAAGCAGACCUCCCUCUCCUCUGUCACCCCGUCACCUACUCCUUCUUCCCCGACAACUAUUCUUACCCAAACACCUCGACCAAAGCCGAUUCCUUCGACACUGUCCUGCUGCUCCUCCCCACCCUCAGCAAGUCCGUUGUCCACACCCCGUCCCAAACCAGUUCCUACACCUUCUCCCCGCUCUUCCUCUCCCUCUCCAUCCUCCACACCUCCUCCCUCAGCUGUUUCUACCCCAGUUCCUCUGGCUCAACCUUACGGACCCAGAUCAUCACUUACAUCUUCAUCUCCCCCAUCCUCUGUGCUCUCCUCUUCUCCACCACAUCCCCAGAGCCCCAGAGCCAAAGCAUCCAACACACCUCCUUCUGCCUCUCCGCUGUCUGGCCACAGCCCUACCUUGACCCCGACUGUGUCACCAAUUCCCACUCCAACUCAGACAACCCGCACCCGACCUUCUACUCCUACUCAGACACUUACUCCUACAUCAUCCCCGUCUCCUUCUGGGCCCUCCUUUAGUAAAUCCCAGAGCCCCACAUCUUGCCUCCAGCCCUCCGUCUCUGGCUCACCCAGGGUUUCUGCCUCAAGCAAGACCCCAAAGCAGACUUCCCCUCUUAACCCCAUUCAGUUGUCAGCCCCAACCUCAACACCUCUUAGCACAAACUCUCCAACAAAAGUCACUUUCUCAGUUCAUCCUGUGAAACAAACCUCCCCUGUCCUUUCUCAUAGUCCUACUUCUGGCUCCAGCCUUUCUACCAAACAAAGCCCUUCAACAACAUCAUCCUCUGCAACUUCAUGUCCCAGCCAAAGUUCCUCAAACCCUUCCUCCAUUUCUCCCAGUUCCUCCACCACCACAGCCUCUCAUCAACAAGCUUCCACCACUGCAGCCAACCAGACAGCACACACACCCUCCUCUGCCAACUCCACCUCGCCAAAAGGGGGGAAGAAAGACCCUCAGCUGGCAGGCACCAGAACAGACUCGGAGGAACUAAGGCACCAACUGCCUGCUAACAUGUAAGAGGAGAAAGAAUAUUUCUUUGACUUUUUGUGCUUCAACCAGUGCUAAAUACCAGAGCCAUGGAUGUGCAGACUUGAGUCAAACUUGCCACCAGGUAGCCCAUGAUCUCACAUGAACAGUUCAUACAUGUUGAAUUUACUCUAGGAUGUGGUUGACUUAGAAAAUCAGUUCUUCAUGGGAAAAUACCAGUGGAAAUGUGUAGAAAGUUGGUCAGCAGUUACAAGAAAUAUUUGAUGGCUGCAAUACCUAUACAGGUUUUUCCAUUCGUUAUUGACAAAGGUUUGAAUAACUUUCAAUAUGUCUUUUUUGAUAAAAUGAAAAUAAAAACAGAAAUAUUGUCUUUUUCAAUAAUUAUAUCCUUUUAAUCUUUUGUCAUGUUCCCUAUCAAAAAUUAACUUCUUGUUUGAAGGAAAAUAACCGUAAACCUAAAUAGUAAAAAGUGGAGAAUGAACUUGGGCUAAACUAUAUGUUUCUCUACAGAGAAAAAUAAAUAAAUGAAGAACAAUGACAUUUACUUAACAACUAACAAUAAAUUAAACUGUUUUUAUUAUAUAAUUUUACUUUAGUGUCUCAAAAUAAAUAUACUGCCAAGUAAAUGUUAUAAAAAGCUGUGUUAUGAAUCAAUAUCUUGUAUUGUUUAGUUAUUAUUAUUAUUUUUAUUUUAUUAUAUUUAUUUAAAUGAAAGCAAUUGGAUCAUUGGGGCCAUAUUAAAUUUUUUUAAAAGUGUUGUUUUUACAAAAUUUUUCAUUAAAAGCUCAAACCAGCCCAUGCCUACACAGCAACGUUAUUUACAGCAAUAUUUAUUAACAGUUACACUCAUUGAUAACAAGAAAUCACCUUUGCAGGGACUGUAAAUGUGAGAAAAUGAUCAUUUUAUUGCUGUUGGGGUGAAAGGUCACUGUGAUAGAGCAGCAGACAUUCCUGGUUUCCAGCUCCAACUCCCUCUUGCUUCCCAUUCUUCACCAAAAUGUAAUAUUUUCUCAUUAGAAUAAAAAAUAAUUAUAUUGAAACUCACUGUAAACUUGAUGCUCAUAUGAAUUUGAAUAAUUAGGAGCAGUACACUGGUAGUUUUGUUGUCCCUGGUGUGUGUGAUGUUUAGUUUUUGAACAAUACGAAAUCCUAAAAACCUACAUGUUCACGCUGACAGCUUCUGUGAAACUGUGCUUUUCUAUGUGUGCGAUGCAACGCUGCUCUGCUGUGCACCGUGGCUCACAUGAUUUUGUUCCACCCGGCUUCCUGUAGUGUGCGCUUCCUCACUGUCGGCCCCUUUGUCUUUCAUCUUCUGUCUGUCUAGCUGCCUUUCAUCUGAUUUUACAGCUCUGGUUGCUAGCAGUUCCUUUGACGCUCGCAAACUCCCUCUCCCUCUUUCUCUCGGUUUGCCCAACACUUUGCUCGCCGCUGCCGUCAGCCUCGUCUUCAGUUGGCGGCGUCCUCCUUAUGUCGCCGUGUGACACUGUUUCAGUGAUGUUUGAUGUUUUCCGUGGGUAGCAACAAGACAUUUCAAUCUUGACCCUUGAUACCAUGUUGCCUAGACUAUAUAUGUAUAUAUAUUUAAGGACCAAAUGUUUUAUUUUUAUUUAUCGCAGUUUUAGCUUUUGAAAAGAAAAAGUAGCAAAUGAUGCUGCCAAAUGAACAUGUUGAGUGUGGCACUAAGGAUGGUGGUAAUGUGCGUGGUGAUGAUGAGGAGAAGUUGCUGCUGGUGUACAUCUGGAUGUAAGAAUAAAACAGAUUUAGUAUCAA